AUGUCGAAUUCAGCAGUAAGGUUGCAUCGGCAUUUCUAAUAAGACUAAUUUGUUUUCAGCUGGCCAAAGAGAGAUUUUCACCCAAAGCGGCUUUAGAGAGCAUCAGAUCUGUGAGUUUAAACAUCUCGGGAAUAUUUUCUUUUCAGAGGAUUCAUUUCGGACGUAAACCGGCGAAAAACAAUUCUUCAACUCCUCGAUCGAUGUCUCGCUGUGUUUCAACUCCUCAGCCUUCAGCGUCUCCGAGCUCUCAGUCUUUGAAUUCGGUAACCUCGAGUAUUUCAUAUUCGUCUAGAGGGUUUACGUCGCAGAAGAGGCGGACAGCACCAGCGCCACCUGGGUCGGAACCAGAAUUUGUGGAGAACGUUGUUAUAAGGACCUACCAUCAUGAUACGGUUGAGAAGAAACAUUUUCAACAUGGAAAUUCGGGGCCACAAGAGACGCCUCGGAGAGAUGAAAGGGCUUUUUCAAAUGGUAGGCGACUAUUUUCAAACGAAGACUCGCAGUCACAAGUUCGACUGAUCGGGUUUGAAGACUCAAAAACUGUAAUUAAUGACUAUAAUGAAAGGAUUUUGCGAAAGGUCGUAGAAAGUAAGUUCCAGUUGUAAUAUAUGUAAAUAAUUUUUUAGCUAAUCACUCUUCUUAUGACACUCUGCGUAAGAAAGUUGAAGCAAGACUGGAACAUAAAGGAAAAGAGUCGCAAGACCGAGGAAGUAAUAGAGGUUCAAUUCAGUCCACCGAAUCGGGGUCAACGGAAUUAGAGGACCAGGAGAGAAAGCGAAAUACGGAGUCUCCGUUGAAGUUCUUUGAUAAUACUGACAAAGUAUUGGGCCAAAAUGUUAAUUAUAAUGUUCAGAAUAUCAAUGAUACUGAUGAAUUGUAAGUAGAUGUUGAAAAUUUAACUUUUUUGUUUUCAGAAAGACUGAUCAAGUUUAUUUACACUUGAACAAAGAAUAUGCACGGUUGGGGCAGUUGUUGUUUGAUUGGAACAAGUUAAGGCUGGACGAUUCAAGCGAUAAGAUUGUCGACCUUCAGGUGAGUGGAUUUUUUUAUUUUUUUUUUUGUUGUUUCGUUUGUUUGUAUCCGAUUUUUUUUAAGAAGAAAGUGGUCAAGCAGAUUCAAUUAAUUGACGAUCUUUUCAAGUACAAUUGUUUGAAAGAGAAAAUAAAGAAGUCUGAAUCAUGCAGCCAAUUAGAAGUGGAAGGGAGAAACGGAACACUUAGUCUGGAAGAAAGUCGAUUUCCUCGAGACAACGAACGUAACCACAACAUCAACAUCAUGAAGUCUGACCCGAAUAUAAGAUCACCGCAAGUAGUAAAAUCCAAUAUUAACACCCAGAAUGGAAAUGGGGAUGGAUAUAACGGAACUUACAAUUGGAGGGAUACCUUGAAAUCACCGGCUAAGCAGCAAACUCCAUCGAAAUUCAAAAGAUCAAGUGGAAUGCGAACAUUUGAAUUGGAGAAAAAUAAGGAAGACCUGAAGGACGACAGUCUGAACAAUAUCGACGUCCCGGGGAAUGUGGUCUCAACUAAGGAAAUCCCCAAAAAAGAUGUUGCCUUGCGAACAUUUCAUGAUAAACCGAGCAACCAUAAAGAGAUCAAAAAAGAAGAUAGCAAUACAGUAGACAAGGUAAAGAAGGCGCCUAAUAUCUACAGUAAUAAGGAACGGGCUUCUUCAUUCGCGACUCCCAAAACUUGGAUUAUUUCAAGCUUGGCACAACGGAAUGAAAUCCAGAAUGAGACGAAGCCAUCCUUCAAGGACUUAGUAAGAUACGUUGUAAAUUGGUUUUUUAUGUCUUUUUAGCCUGCCGCUCAGAGAUCUGAGGAAACCUCAGGUCCAAUGCCAAAAAACCAAUCAAACUGGCAGAGCAAACUGAAGGUUGAAUUAGAACCUGUAGAAUUUGACUCGUCCAUCGAAGAACCAAUACCGGUGUCAGUGAAGUUGUUAUUAAACGAAGCCGAAGCGUCAUCUGAAUGUGAGGACACUUCCAUUGGGCUUCUUUCACCUCCAAAUCCACUUCACACCAUCUUCGAAGCAUCGGAAGACAAUUCGGAGGCCGAAGAAAGUGUGGAAAAAAGGCCUCAACCUCCAGUCGUGGGGCGAACCCUACUUGUUAACGUUGUCAGACCUUCGACCUCUGCUCCUCCUCCUCCACCACUGCCAAAAAAUUUAUUUGCUAAAAAUGAAUCUGAGGUAACGUGAUGUAUUACUAAAGCGUCGUUUAGAUUCCGAUCAAGGUGGAGAAACAAAAAGGCGGGAACAACUCUCAGAAGGAAGGACCAAAGGUGUGAUCCAUCAAAUGUUUUCAUUAUGAUAUAACUUUGUUAUUAUAGGAUGAUGGCGAUCAUUUACGCAAGACCUGGGAUCAGAUCAUGGCCGACAUCAGAGCCCAUGCCGUUAGAAGGGCGCAGAAUGCCCAGAACAGUAGCUAA